AUCACCCAGCACAACUAUUGUAACAUCACCCAGCACAAGUUCUGUAACAUCACCCAGCACAACUAUUGUAACAUCACCCAGCACAACUAUUGUAACAUCACCCAGCACAAGUUCUGUAACAUCACCCAGCACAAGUUGUUUAUGUAUGUGUGUAUGUGCAAAAAUACACCAUAUAGUAACAUCAGUCAGCACAACUACUGUAACAUCAGCCAGCACGACUACAGCCCCCAUGACUACAAUCACCACAGCAUCUAUUACGACCCAAGCCACAAGUCCCAGCGUACUAAGCCUCUCCUUGAAAUUAAAUCAAACGUUUGACUCUGACCUCAACAAUAAAGAUAGUACAAUAUAUCAAACAUAUAAAAAUAAAAUUCAGAGUUCAAUUGAACAAAGCUACAAAAAUGUACCUGGCUAUCAGCUCAACUCUGCAACAGUGACUGGUUUCAGACCUGGCAGUGUGAUUGCAGACUUCAGUAUUACCUCAACAACUAACAAAAUUGAUUUGGCUUCAGCAAACAAACAGCUUGCUACUAAUCUCAUUAACAAUGGAUUCAGUGUUUCUGGCGAUUUUCUCAGUCAAAGUGUUGAAGGAACUCUAACUAACAUCAGCGGAAACAUAUAUCCUGGGACAGAUCUAAAACUGACAUGUAACCCUCCAGAGACAAAUGUUAUAAACUGGAACCUGAACGGGAUUCGGUUAAAGCAGUCAGACAAGUAUGUGAUUAAUAAUACUGAACUCACUGUGACGAAUGCCGGUCCCACUGACAGUGGUCAAUAUUCAUGCAUAACAACAGUAAACUCUCUACCCUAUAUAAUCUGGCAAAGCAUUACGAUUCAACCAUACCCCAAUAUCCAAGUAACCAGUAAUAAAACUGUACAAUGUGAGGAUACAACAGUCUCACUGCAGUGUUGUGUUCUGGGUGUAUAUAAGGUGCAAUGGACUGACACUACAACCUGCUCAAGUUCAACAGGAUUCUGCGUCACAUGUAACUAUAAAUUUAAUAAAAAGGAUUGUCAGACUGCUGAGAAAACAAUACAGUCCAAAUGCCAACUAACACAACCUAUAAGUGAUAGUAGUUACAACUCAAAGACCAUUGGUAUACAAAUAACAAACCAAGGAUUUGACUGUUCUGAUAAUGUAUUCGGAGCUGGAAAUGAGGGAGCAAAACAAACUGCUAUCUGUGAUGUAAAUAGGGUUGGCUAUAAAGAAGCUAAGUGUAUUUCAAAAAAGUGGAUCAUUAUAGAAGACAACUGUGUUCUGCGUGAAAUUCAAAAUUUAAAAGAUGAAGCUGAGGAAAGUAUUUUACAAGUAGCAGCUAUCCCGCAGUUUAUGGCCAGCCUCAGUAGUAAUGCUAUAUCACAGGCUCUAAAGAUCGCUGACUCUGCAGCAACCAUAACAACAAUUGUAGACAUACUAACCAUCGUUUCAGGUCUCUCACAAACAAUUUUUGUCAGUCCAUCCAUCAUGACGGAUUUCAUAAAAACAGCAGAGGUCAUUGGAACAGAUGAUACAUCAGCUACUUGGGAGUAUUUAAACAAUAACAGUACAACAAGUAGCACCAGUAAUAAACUUCUGAGUGCUACUGAGAACAUUGCACGCAGACUCCCAGAUGGCAACAUCUCAAUAAAAACAAACUUUACUUCUCUUGAAAAAAAAUCCAUUACUGCCCCCUUUAAUGAAACAUUUGGAAGAAAUUUCACUACACAUAUAUACAUUCCUGUGACUAAGGCCAAUACGUCCCUCACCGUCAUAAUCUCUUCGGCUUUUAACAACAUCUUACCUGUUCGAAAUCUGACCAAUAAUGACAGCAGUCAGAUUGGCACCCAGAUCAAUGGAGACGUAGCUGUGAUUAAGACAAACUCACUAAUUAACAACAUCUCUCUCUCUUUUGAUGUCAUAAAUACUACAUUGGGAAAACCUCAGUGUGUCUUCUGGAACUUUAAUCUUCUGAAUGGUGUUGGUGGAUGGGACUCAACUGGAUGUCAGUUAAAGCUCUUAGGGAAUGAAAAUAAAAGAUACACAUGUGAGUGCAAUCACACAACCUCUUUUUCAAUCCUGAUGUCACCAUUUACGCUGGAUAAAGUCCAAGCCAUAAUCUUAGACUAUAUAACCUACAUCGGUGUUGGCAUUUCAAUGGGCAGCUUGGUUUUGUGCCUCAUUAUUGAAAUCAUCAUAUGGAAAUCAGUGACACGAAAUGACACAUCCUACAUGCGCCAUGUCGCCAUAGUCAACGUCGCUGUCUCCCUCCUGAUUGCAAACAUUUGCUUCAUCAUUGGAGCAGCUGUUGUUAAACAAGAGGGUCCCUGUAGUACAGCGACGUUCUUCAUGCACUUCUUUUAUCUCGCCCUUUUCUUCUGGAUGUUUCUGUCAGCACUUUUGCUCCUCUACCGCACCCUCAUGGUCUUUUCCAGAAUAACCAGAGGCGCAAUGAUAGCCAUAGGUUUCACUGUCGGCUAUGGAGCCCCGUUAAUUAUAGCUGUCGUUACUGUGGCAUCUACAGCUGGAGGCAAAGGAUACAUUCAACAAGGUUACAAUUGUUGGCUGAACUGGGAUAAAACAAAGGCUCUCCUGGCAUUUGUGAUUCCUGCUCUGACGAUUGUAGCUAUAAACCUCCUGGUGCUUAUUGUGGUUCUGUGUAAGAUGUUGAGGAGAGGAGUUAAUGCUUCUGUUCAGCCAGAUGAGAAACAUCCCCUAGUGGUCAUUGCUAGAUGUGUGGCGAUUUUAACACCUCUCUUUGGUCUAACGUGGGGAUUCGGCAUCGGGACCUUGGUGUCACCGAACUUUGGGAUUCAUGUGGUGUUCGCAUUCUUUAAUUCACUGCAGGGUUUCUUUAUUUUGCUCUUUGGAAUAUUACUGGACAGUAAGGUCCAAGAAGCAUUGGCAGGAAAGUUUUCACUGAGGAACCUAAGUUCUGGCCAGACUAGGAGUACGAGUGCAGGACCAACGUCCUCAAGUGGAUUUCCUUUCAUGCAGUGGUUAAGGCAAAGAAAUGUCUACAAUGUACAAACAGCGGCAAACAGUGCCAAUAUGGCUUCAACUUCAAACAACUCAUAUGCACCUAUCAACACUUAAGGCAGUAGACCCUUAUUAUAAGGAUCUGUUUAGUUGCUAACAUUAUAUA